AGCUCGUCCCUCUCCUUGCAUGACUGUCAGCUAGGUAUUUGACGAAGCUAUGUUAGUGAUACAACUGUGAAAGCUUCCCCCUCGGUGUUCCAGCGUGCCUUACUCUGCACGAGAGACGGAAUCGUAGUAAGCUACAUUAACAACUAGAACGCAUCGGCUAUACAGCUUGUGUGGCAUCGUGUGAUGGUGGUGGAUGCGCACCACUGUGCACCAGCCUUCACCCGGUCGGUGGGUAAUUUCGAUCACGUGAUCUAGGGCGGCUCACCAGGCAUGCUCUAUAUGUGUAGACAUCUUUCUUCCAUGUCUUUUGUACGGUCGACAACCUCAUCGCUUGCUAAAAUAAGGCCGUCCUGCCGCCCUUUUGCACGUACUCCCGCGCCCCAUCAAGCUCUACAGACUGUGUGUGUGUGGUGGGGGGGAGGGGGGGGUUGGAAGGGCAAUGCUACUCAACCAACCUACCACCAAGAAUUCAAGAUAUCGUUCCAUCUCGCCCAUUCCCUGAGCUUCAUCAACUCACUACAUACCCACCUGAGCCAUCACAUCCAUAGAGCCCGAUACAUAUCAUACACUCCCUAUCUGUCAAUCAAAAGUCUUGGCCAAGGUGCACGGAGCAUGUACAGUACUGUCUGUGCAUGCAUGUUGCACCCGGUGGUUGGCAUUUAUGACCUUAACAAGCCCUUAUAUGAUCUUCUUUCGGGUCAUUGGGGUACGGUGGAGAGAGCUGAUAGCUCCCACUGCGCAAGUGCUGUGGCAGUCCAGCAUCCGAGGCAGAUCUCGACCCUACGACUAGUCCCACCCACGUCAUCCGUCUUUGGUACGCCUACUUUAGCUCUUGUGCUUGGAGGGCUUCACCUGAACUUGUUGCCUGUCAGUGUCUCGGAUUCCACUGGAUCGUUGCUACGGUGGUGGAUCGAAUGCGUAUAGAUUCUCACCAACGGAAAGUAGGUGUGUGUGGACUAUUGCCGAAUCGAAGAACUGCUUCCCCGACACACUCGCAACCAUCCUCUGUGCUUGACGGUUCAUUCUCUCGUUUAUCAACACGUAUGCAGAGAAGAAACUACCCCUAUCCUGCACGGGGCAAGGUCCGCAUCCACCCGGAGCCCGCGAUCACCUCUCUCCAC